AUGGGGAGACCCUCGCCGAUCCGCCCACUCCUCCUACUCCUCGGCGUCCUUGGCAGCGUCGCCUGGCUCCGGCGCGCCGAGGCCGGCACGGUCCGGACGGAGCUCGUCACGCCGGACUUCGCGGCGUCGUACCUCCUCUUCAUCGACACCCUCGGCGUGUUCCUCCGCUCCAGCAGCGGCGCCUUCGAGGCCGCGGUGCACAGCCCGGCGGGGCAGCAGGACCGCUACUACCUCGCCGUGCUGCACGCGCCGUCCGGGACCCGCGUCUGGGUCGCCAACCGUGCCGCGCCCAUCACCGACCGCGCCGCACCGUUCCGCCUCUCGUCGGCUGGGGUCUCCGCCGAGGACGCCAACGGGACCGUCGUCUGGUCCACGCCCCCGUUCGCGUCUCCCGUCGCCGCGCUCCGGCUGGCCGACUCCGGCAACCUCGCGCUGCUCGACGGGCAGAAUGGCACGCUCUGGCAGUCCUUCGACCGGCCUACGGACUCGCUCGUGUCGUCGCAGCGGCUCCCCGUUGGCGGGUUCCUGACCUCGGCCGCGUCGGCCUCGGACCUGGCUGAGGGGGGCUACAGCCUCAACGUCACCGCCGCCGACGCCGUGCUCGCGUGGAUGGGGUCCCUGUACUGGCGGCUGUCGGGCGAAGCCAUCGCCGUCAAGGACCGCGAUGGCACGGUCGCGUACAUGCUCGUGAACGGCACCGGCCUGUACCUUCUCGCGGCGGACGACACCGUCAUCGUCCAGGUCGCGAUGCCACCUGCCGGGCUACGCAUCGUUCAGCUGGGCGUGGAUGGGAAGCUGCAAAUCUCGAGCUUCGAGUCGGCGAACUCAUCGUCGUCGCCCAUGGACGGCGGGAUCAUGGCGCCGAGCAGGGGAUGCGCCCUUCCGCUCUCAUGUGGCGCGCUCGGCCUCUGCACGCCCGACGGCAACGCGUCCAUCUGCACGUGCCCGCCGCCGUUCCCCACGGCGCACGACAACGGCUGUGCGCCGUCCGUUGGCUCCACAUUACUGCCCGACGGCUAUUGCGGCAGUGGCGCCGGUGGCAGGUCGACGACUUCGUAUCUCAGCCUUGGAAGCGGCAUUGCGUACUACGCUAACAAGUUCUCGCCGCCGGCCAUGGCCGGCUCCAACGCGUCGUCGUGCCAGGCACUCUGCAACAGCAACUGCUCCUGCCUCGGCUACUUCUACGACUCCUCCUCCUUGUCUUGCUACUUGGCGCAACACCAGCUUGCUUCGUUCAUUAACACCAACGCGAGCAACGGCGCCGGCAUGUCCGGGUACAUCAAGGUGCAGAGCUCGCCAAGGUCGUCGCCGGACAGUUCGUCUUCCAACAAGACACUCAUCGCCAUCCUGCUCCCUACCAUCAUCGCAUUUGUGCUCGUCGUCGUCGUCGGCGCGUUCGUCAUCACGUCACGGCGGCGCAAGGACGAGCAGCGCGUGGGGAGGCGCGCUUCGCGGUCCAGGGACGUGCAGCUCCGGCGGCAGCGCUCGCCGGGGUCAGCCUCGGCGCACCUUGUGCGCGAUCUGGACAACGACGACGACGGCGAUGACGACAUCGUCAUCCCCGGCCUCCCCACCAGGUUCACGCACGACGAGAUCGAGGCCAUGACCAACAGCUACCGCACCAAGAUUGGCGCCGGCGGGUUCGGGGCCGUGUACAAGGGCGAGCUCUCGGACGGCUCGCUGGUGGCCGUGAAGAAGAUCGAAGGCGUGGGAACGCAGGGGAAGCGCGAGUUCAUGACGGAGAUCGCCGUCAUCGGCAACAUCCACCACGUCAACCUGGUCCGCCUCCGGGGGUUCUGCACCGAGGGCCACCGCCGCCUGCUGGUGUACGAGUACAUGAACCGCGGCUCCCUCGACCGGCCCCUGUUCCGGCCGGCGGGGCCUCUGCUCGAGUGGAAGGAGCGGGUGGACAUCGCCAUCGGCGCCGCGAGGGGGCUCGCCUACCUCCACUUCGGCUGCAACCAGAGGAUCAUCCACUGCGACGUGAAGCCGGAGAACAUCCUGCUCGCCGACGGCGGGCAGGUGAAGAUCGCCGACUUCGGGCUCGCCAAGUUCCUGACGCCGGAGCAGUCCGGGCUGUUCACGACGAUGCGGGGCACGCGCGGGUACCUGGCGCCGGAGUGGCUGACCAACACGGCCAUCACGGACCGCACGGACGUGUACGGCUUCGGCAUGGUGCUCCUGGAGCUGGUGCACGGCCGCAAGAACCGCAGCGAGCACGUGAGCGACGGCGGCGGCGAGGACUCCAACUCCUCGAACGGCACGGCGGGAAGCUCGUCGCGCAGCGGGAGGAACGACUACUUCCCGCUGGUGGCGCUGGAGGGGCACGAGGGCGGGCGGUACGCGGAGCUGGCCGACCCGCGGCUGGAGGGGCGGGUGGUGGGCAAGGAGGUGGAGAGGAUGGUGAAGGUGGCGCUGUGCUGCCUGCACGAGGACCCGCACACGCGGCCGAGCAUGGCGGUGGUGGCCGGCAUGCUGGAGGGCACCAUGGAGCUGGGCGAGCCGCGCGCGCAGGCGCUCGGGUUCCUCCGGCUGUACGGCCGGGGGUUCGCCGGGCCCUCCGAGGGCAACGUGAUGAAGGAUGCGAUGGUGGGCGAUCGCACCCGGUCGGAGACGACGAUGACGACGAUGAGCGGGUGGCCGUCGUACAUGUCCUCGUCGCAGCUGUCCGGCGCGAGAUAG